UCAAAACACAGUGUUCCACUUUUGUUGGAUACAUGAUGGCAGUCCUCCGACAGAAUCCUAGUGGACUCAGUGACGCAGACAAGACAUCACUGGCAGCUUCUAGGUUUGCAGCAAUUGAGAAGAAGCCUUUCCACUUUUUACACUGCUGGGCCAUUCUUAAGGACCAACCAAAAUGGAUGGACAACCACAUGGGUCAACAACAUCAGCAAGCCAACGCUAAUCCCACACAUUCUAACACUGUCGAUGUGGAUGCAGAAGAAUCUGUACCAUCAAGCUUCACAUCGAAGAGGCCACUUGGUCGAGAUUCUUCUAAGGAAAAGGCAAAGAGGACUAAAUCUGUGGACACAUCUUCAUCAGAUUCUGAGUUCAUGACACGCAUGGGAGAUCUAUCUUUGGAGCGCCUGUCAGUGUACAAAACAGUUGUUACAACUGAGGAAAAGAAGUUGGAUUCAAUGAACAGAAAUGAGAGGCAGAAAUUGCUCCUAGAAAAGAAAAAGUUGAACCUAGAGAAAUUAAGGCUUGAAAGGAAGAAACUAAAGGAGGACAAGGAAGAGGAGAUAAUGAUCUUAAGCAUAGAUUUGAGCAAAUGUAACCCUCUACUCCGCAAGUACUAUGAAGCCAAGCAACAAGAGAUACUGGCUAGGGUUACUGGGUCUACUUCAUCUGGCCAGUGA